GCUGUCCUUAACGGUUUAUUGUCACUCACACAAACACCUCCCUCCAAAAUUCUCAAACAAUGGCAACAAUGGAAAUUGGUAAUUUAGGUCUUCGAUUUAGGCCUCAAAUUGCCAUAAAUCCAACUAGAAAUAAUUAUUGCAAGCAAUUUCUUGGUCAGAAAAAGCAAAACAAGAAGAGAUUUUUAGUAUGUUCUGUUGUGGACCAAAAAGAAGCUAAAGUUUCUUCAUUUAGUAAUGAAGAAAAUGCCCUAAUUGAAGCUCUUAUUGGUAUUCAAGGUCGUGGUCGCUCUGCUUCUCCUCAACAACUUCAAGAGGUUGAACGCGCUGUUAAAGUUCUUGAAGGAUCAGAUGGUGUUUCUGAACCGACGAGCUCGAGUUUGAUUGAGGGGCGGUGGCAGCUGAUGUUCACGACUAGGCCAGGGUCAGCAUCUCCUAUUCAGAGAACUUUUGUUGGGGUAGAUUCAUUCAGUGUAUUUCAAGAAGUGUUCCUUAGAACGAAUGAUCCACGCGUAUCCAACAUUGUAAAGUUUUCUGAGGCAAUAGGUGAACUGAAAGUAGAGGCACUUGCGACGAUCAAAGAUGGAAAACGAAUUCUUUUCCAAUUUGAUAGAGCAGCCUUUUCGUUCAAAUUUCUACCCGUCAAGGUUCCAUACCCUGUACCUUUUCGACUUCUGGGAGAUGAAGCUAAGGGCUGGUUAGACACAACGUAUUUAUCUCCAUCUGGAAAUCUCCGUAUUUCAAGAGGAAACAAGGGAACUACAUUUGUGCUACAAAAGGAAGCCGAACCAAGACAAAAAUUGCUUUCAUCAAUUUCAACGGGUACAAGUGUUGAAAAGGCAAUUGAUGAAUUUAUUUCCUUGAACCAAAAUGUAGCAAAUCCUGAAUUGGAACUACUUGAGGGAGAGUGGCAAAUGAUAUGGAGUUCACAGGUAUCUGUCCACUCAAACCUCUCUUUCCCUUUCGAAUGCCAAAAGUUUGGCAUAAUGGAAAAGCUCAAAAGCAGACCAUUCUAUACUUGCUUAUGAAUAAGAUCGAUAUUCACUAGGUGAAAGGGAGUUGUAAACAAUGCAACUUAUAGCACAUGGAAACUGUAGCAUCUGAUUAGAUACAGUCUAAUAGAGCGCAACAAAUGAGUGCCGACACAAACAGUAGAAAGAAUGAGAUAGAUAGUGAGAUUUUCCUCCUCAAGAAGCUACUCUGAACAUGCUAAAGAAAACCCAAAAUUUCGAGAAAGAGAAGGAAAGGAUUUAGGUGCCAGUGUUCAGUGGCGGAGCCACAUGUAUUCA